GGAAGAAGAGCCUGCGCACCUUGCUCGCGCUAACACUGUGCUACUCAAGCGUUUUGCCCUGAGUACAGUUAACAAUAAAAUUGUAAUUCCACCCCGGAUCCCACAAAAACCUAGGCUUUGAGUCUAUGGAGGAACAUGGAAGCAUAGAGACACUAUCUGAUUGGAAGUUAGCAGUGCAACAAGGUGUAACCAUAGAGACACUUUUAGGGCUCAGUGAUAAUAGCCAGAAGAAAACCAACCAAAAAAGACAUGCUGAGGAACAUGAGGAAAGACAAGAAGCUGCAAAAGCCGAGACAGCAGUAGAUGAUUUUCUGACAAAACUGAAUGUUGAAAUUAAUGGAACUUCGCUCUCAUUUCAACUGUGCUGCCCUCAAAUACCAACUGCUCAUCCUGUCACAGCCAAUCAAGUGCUUAUUUCACCACCGUCAGUCCCAGUUUCUCAGCUCCUAUCACCUUGUUUUGUUGGUGUUCAAAAUGAUAAAGGAGAUAAAUCUACAAGUAGUGGAGAAUGAAGCAAAUUGACUGAAGAAAAUCAAAUAUCAAAGGAAGGAGUACAGUAAAUUCAUUUGAGUGAUGAAUCAGUAGAACAAGAAAGUGAUGAUGUAUACUUGCUCCUGCAAUAUAUCGUGUCAGGGGCAGAUUCAAGGGGUGGGGGAAGUCAGCCCACUCUGGCUAUGUUCUUACACGGCUGCAAAUGGUUAGCAGGAUUCGGAUCCAGCUAACCAUUAGCUGCUGUGCGCCCAUCCGAAAAAAUCCCGAUCCGGAUGCCAAAAAUAUGAUGAUUGAAUCACUGGCCAAUAAGAAACUGGAAAUUGUAAACGCGUACAUGUGAUUGGUUGAUGAUAGAAACACGCCCAACUUGCUAACCGAUA